AACUUGAGAGACCAUUGCGGCAUUGCCACAGGUUCGAUUGAAAUGUAAGCGACGCCAUGUGAGCGGAGUGUUGUGGAGACUGGAGACAGCAGAGACACCUUGGAGUCUCCGCCUCCAUCAUUCCGAAAUUCUUCUCCCUAUGCAAAGCCUAAUUUUCUCCGUUAGAAGCCCUAAAGCUCCUCUCCAGAGCCGAAGCCCCAUUAGUGCCUGAACUCUCAAAUCCCAAGCUCCCGAAUUUCUUUUGGAUCUCCCACCGAGAACUCCAGACUUUCUUUCAACAAAGCUCUAAUUCGUUUCCUCGCAUGAAAUCAACAAAUUCACGUUGAUCUGCUAAAAUGGCGGGAAUUUCAAAUUUUACGCCGAGUGGGCUCAGGCAGAGAUCGCUUGCAUUUGCGGGGAACGAGUUGGGUUUCUCUUCAACUUGCAAAUUCAAUCGAAAUGUGAAAACAAGAAUAUCGAGGCGUUUCUUCGAGGAUGAUUGCGGUGGUCGAUUAUCUCUAACACACUCAAAGAAAUCUUAUGGAAUUAUCAGACCAAGCAUUUGUAUGGCUUUAGUGGAGGAGAGACCUUCUUCUCGUGGCCAAGAUGUGGCUAAACCUUCUGGAAUCUUGGCUUAUGAUCUUGUCCAAGGAGCACUUGUCAGAUGGAGUUCUGUUAUGGACAAGUCUAUACCUGAUCCACCAACAGCUGUUCUUUUGCAUGGAAUUCUUGGUAGCAGGAAGAACUGGGGAUCUUUUGCUCGUAGAUUGGCGCAAGAAUUUCCAAUGUGGCAGUUUCUAUUAGUAGAUUUGCGUUGCCAUGGCGAUUCAGCAUCUAUUAAGAAGAGAGGACCUCAUACUGUUGCUGCAGCUGCACUUGAUGUCUUAAAACUCGUAGCACAGCUCAGAUUAACACCUCGUGUCUUAGUUGGUCACAGCUUUGGAGGCAAAGUUGCACUGAGCAUGGUUGAACAAGCUGCAAAGCCUCUUGCACGACCAGUCAGAGUUUGGGUUCUAGAUGCAACUCCUGGAAAUGUCCGUCCUGGUGGAGAUGGAGAGGAUCAUCCUGCUGAACUGAUUUCUUUCCUAAGCAGGAUGCCAAAGCAGAUUUCCUCAAAACGGGAUAUUGUAAAUAUCCUUGUUCAUGAGGGGUUCUCUAAAGAUGUGUCACAGUGGGUGGUAACUAAUCUUCGCCAGACCAGCACUGAUGCUUCAUCAUUAUCUGGCUUCUCAUGGAUAUUUGACCUCAAUGGCAUUGCAGAGAUGUAUAAAUCAUAUGAAGAAACAAAUUUAUGGAAAGUUGUGGAAGAUGUGCCUCAAGGUGUUCAUGUCAAUUUCUUGAAAGCAGAAAGAAGCUUGCAUAGGUGGGCUCUUGAAGAUCUCCAAAGGAUCCAUGCUGCUGAGGAGUUGGCUGCUAAUGAGGGAGGUGGUGUUGAGAUGCAUGUCCUAGAAGAUGCAGGGCACUGGGUAUGUAGCUUUCUCAGUUUAAAAUUGUAUAUUUUUCAGGCUGACUAUUUAAUAAAAAGCCUCUUCGAGUAAAAUUUUUCAGCAUGA